ACCAGCUAAACAGCAAGCUUAAGCUUCUUGAAGCGGUUCUCCCUCAAAACCAAAUCAAACCUCUAAACAAAAUGUCUGCCAAAAUUGUGAUCUGUCUGGUUGCGUGCGUUCUGGGGGUCGCCUCCGCUGGUGUCAUUCCGGUGGCAGCUCCCCUGGCCGCGGCUGGAGUCGUCGCUCCGUACGCCACGUCCUACAACGCACACACCGUCAAUCACGCCGUGGCGGCACCAGUUGUUGCUGCUGCUCCAGCGGCCGUCGUCGCCCCAGCGGCACGAUUUGUGGCCCCGGCACCGUUGGCCUACACCGCCGCUGGGCUGCCAGCAUACAGCGCAUACACUGCCGCUGGUCUGCCAGCAUACAGUGCAUACACCGCGCUUAACGGACUAGCAGCUCCUUAUGUGUUCUAAAGAGAAGGAUACCAAUCGGGACAUCCGUGGUAGCACUCGUACUAGCACCAGCACCAGCAGCAGCAGCAACUGGAUGGUUUGGUUCUGAAGAGACCGCGUUCCUGCACUUUCCUCCACACCCAACUCUAGCUCAAUAUCGCAAUCAUCGUCUUUUGUAAAUAGCUUCCCUUCCUUGAGACGUGCAAG